AUGUCAAACUCCAGCAUCAACGCCAACCUCACCCACCCUCACACACCGUCGUCAUCUCCAACGAUAUCACCCAUAGUCCUGAAGGAAAUUCAAGAUGCAAACGUCCCCCUCUUCAUGACGGGCCUCCUCCUUCCCCACGCCCUCUGCACCAUCUUCAUCGCCUCCCGGAUAGCCUCCCGUCUCUGGGUAACGCGGAAAUGGUUCCUCGAUGACACUCUCAUCCUCAUCGCAUGGCUCUUCUCCACGGCCCUCUGCGUAGUCUACAGCAUCACCGCCACCACGCCCUCCCUCCUCGGCGCCCCUUCACCAUCCGCCUCAACCACCACCGACACCGACGCAAACCCCUACAUCAUGCGAACCUACCUAGGCCUAAUCUACUACCAAAUCACCCUCUGCCUCGCAAAGCUCUCCAUCCUAGCCCUCUACCUCCGCGUCUUCGCGUCCUCCUCCCGGCCCCGCGAACGCCUCCUCGCUCGCGCAGCCGUCGUCUUCGUCCUCCUCUACACCCUCCCCUUACUCCUCAUGUCCUUCCUCCAAUGCAACCCCGUACAAGGCCAAUUCUUCAGCCGCCCGACACCAGUAUGCUUCCGCUUCCCAGACCUCCUCAUCACCAGCGCAAGCCUCCACUCCGCAACAGACGCCUGGCUCGUCGCCAUGGUCGUCCCCUCCGUCGCAAGGCUCGACCUCCCGCGCCGGCAAAAGAUCGCUCUCGCAGUCGUCAUGAGUCUCAGCGUUCUUGUGAUAGUAGCCAGCAUGGUUCGCCUGCAACUAAGCCUCCACCUGCACUACCGGCCCACCGACGACGCCGGCGUCCGCAACACCCUCGGCUUCUUCGUCAUGACGGUGCUGGAAUGCGACCUCGCACUCAUUUGCGCCAGCGCGCCGACCCUCCGUCCUUUACUCGCUCGUCUCUUCCCCUCUAUAAUAAUGAACAGCGCAAAGCGGCGCUCCCUUGAAGCCGGCGCUGAGACGCAGAGCUUCGACCUUACCAGCCUGACGUACCACGGCUACCCCUGGACAGAACCCAGCACGCCCGCCGGGCUAGCGGCGCGGAGUAGGAACGCUAGUAUCGCGAGCCACUUGAAUAAGCUGCGCAUGCCCCCACCGCCGCUGCCAGCUCUCACUAUGGCGCAGUUGGGUCCGGCGACGCUGAGUUUAGGGAGUCUAUUGAUUAGCGGGACGGCGCCGCGGAGACCGGGAAGGAGUUGGCAUGUUGCGGAGGACGGGAAACCAAUUUUGUUUGAGACGGCGGAGAGGAAAACGGGAGGGUAUAAGACGCAGGCUUCGUCGAUUUAUUCGCAGGAUAUGACGUGUAGUGGGGAUGAGUCGUGGCGUGAGGAAGAGUUUGAGAGGAAGGGCGGGGUGAUACUUAAGACUAUGAGGUUGAGUCUUCGGUCUGAGUACGUGACGCAGAAUGAAGCAGACGCAGGAGACAAGGAGACUGCGGGAGGCAUUGAUGGCUCGAGCCCGGUCUCUGGGCUCAGCGGAGAUACCUGGGCCGCGGACAGGAGCAGCUCAGGGACGACUUGGGGAGAUGUGGUCGGGGGAAGAACACACGUGAGCAGAUUUGUGGAAGAGAUACCCAGGGAAGAAGCAGUUGAGACGCCAGAGGUUCCCAAGAGGAGCCCCUUGAGGGAUAGUCGACGAAGAUAA